AUGUGGAUGGUCAUUGUGGUGAUCAACGUCUGGUUCAUUUUCAAAUCCUUCUCUGUGGUAAUCGACGAGUUCGCCGAAUGGGUGCGGUUCAAGGUCCAGCAUCGAUUGGGCUGGCAAGAAGAGCAGCUCAUCGACCAACUCGGCGAAUGCCUCGGAGGCCAGGCCAGACCGCCGUUGGCGUCUGACGCGCCUGGUAGCGAGUAUCAUCCGUCGAUUACCAUGGAGGACCCGGUGACCCAAUGCUGA